AUGUUGCGAUCUCGUAUUUGGACUAGUUAUCAAACGUUAUCUCAACGUACUAUUACAACUGGAACGAAAGCAGCUUUUAAUAAUGAGAACAAGCAAGAACAAAGUGAUAAAACAAAUGAAUAUCAAUCAUCGAAUAAUACAUUUAAUCCACCACGACGACCAUUAACUCAACAGUUUACACAUCAAGUAACAAAUCAAAUUCCACCACUGGAAUAUAUUGAUUUAUACAAAAGUGAUUCAGUAUUACUUGAAUUUCUAACUAAAGAAAAUAAAGGUCAAAUUAAAGAUAUGGGUGCUGAAUUAGGUACUUUUCAUUGGUUUGAAGAGGGUCAAUUGGCUAACCGAUAUACACCAUCAUUACAUCAGUUUGAUCGCUAUGGACAACGUAUUGAUGAAGUUAAUUUUCAUCCGGCUUAUCAUGAUCUUAUGAAAAUUGGAAUGAGAUAUGGAGUUCAUUCUGUUGCUUGGGAACCAUUAGCAGGUUCUAGAAACAAUUUCAAUCCACAUGGACAUUUGCAACAUGCUGCAGGUUUAUAUAUUUUGACACAAGUGGAAGCAGGUGUUUGCUGUCCAUUGUCAAUGACUUAUGCUGGUUAUCCAAUUCUACAUCGUUAUCUUCAUAAUACAAACAAAAAAUUAACAGACAGUUUUCCAUUAGAUCGAAUUUUAUCUCGUCAAUAUGAUAAACGAUGUAUACCAGCCAAUGCUAAAUCGGGCUUAACAAUCGGAAUGGCAUUAACUGAAAAACAAGGUGGUAGUGAUGUUCGAACAAAUACAACAAAAGCUUAUUGUGAUAGUCCCGAAGAAAAACGUUACAUUCUAAUUGGUCAUAAAUGGUUUUGCUCAGCACCAAUGAGCGAUGGUUUUCUUGUUCUUGCUCAAAUUCAAAACAAUGAUAAUGCUAAUCAACCUUCAUCUCAUAGUGUACCAUCGUGCUUUUUUGUCCCACGUUGGUUACCGAAUGGCGACCGUAAUCCAUUUCAUAUUCAACGAUUAAAAGAUAAACUUGGUAAUCGUUCAAAUGCAUCGAGUGAACUUGAAUUUAAUAAUACUCAAGGUUGGCUACUGGGAAAAGAGAAUGACGGUAUUAAAGUUAUCAUAGAUAUGAUAAAUGGUACACGUUUAGAUUGUGCUAUUUCAAGUGCUGCAUUAAUGCGACAAGCUCUUGUCCAAGCUACGUGGCAUGCUCGUCACCGUAAAGCUUUUGGCCGAUUGUUAAUCGAUCAACCCCUUAUGAAACAAGUCUUAGUUGAUUUAUUACUUGAAUCUGAAGCAGCCACAACUUUAGUUAUGCAUCUAGCAACACUGUACGAUAGUAUCUAUAAUAAUAUUCUUUCAAAUAAUACCAAGGAAAUGAAUGCACUAGCUCGAAUAGCAUCAGCACUGGCUAAAUUUUGGAUUUGUAAACGAACACCAGAGACAACAUAUGAAGCAUUAGAGUGUCUUGGCGGCGCAGGAUUUGUUGAAGAAUCAAUAAUGCCACGUAUAUAUCGUGAAGCACCAGUAAACAGUAUAUGGGAAGGCAGUGGAAAUGUGAUUUGUUUGGAUAUAUUACGUUCAUUGAAAAAAUCUCCAGAAGUACUUCAAGCAUAUUUAUUAUUCAUGCACCAAACCAAAGGCUCAAAUAAAUAUUUAGAUGCAGCAUUAGAAAAUAUUGAAAAAAAAUUAUUAAAACAAAAUCUUCCGAUGCAUAUGCUCGAACGUCAUGCACGAACUUUAGCUACACAAUUAGCAUUAUGUCUUCAAGCUGGUUUACUUGUUCGUCGUUUACCACAAACAGUUAGUAAUGCAUUUUGUUCAUCACGUCUUGGACCUGAUCGUGGUUCCAUAUUUGGUGAUUUACCGAUGGACAUUGAUAUAGACGCGCUUUUAAAAAGAUUACCGUUCUAA